CAUCUGUCUAUUUUAUCUAAAAAACGUAUCGGGCCAAAUGCGAAACUGACCUCUGCCACUAAAACGAAACUAGUUGUAAAUGGUUAUAUUACUUCCUCGUGUGAUUCACGUAUGCAAUCGUUGGAGAAAAAUAUUACGAGAUGCCCGUGAUUGUCGGGGCGAUAGACUUUGGAACAACAUAUUCAGGUUGGGCAUUUUCCUUCCAAACUGAUUAUAAAAGAGAUGCCAGAAAAGCUGAAGUUAAACAUUGGCAUUCUGGUCCAGGAACAUUAGUAACAGAGAAGACACCUACAUGUUUGCUGGUAAAACCAGAUGGAGUCACUUUUCGGCGCACUUGGGAAGCACCUUACAAAAGAAUCAACAAUCGUAGAUGAAAUGGGAAAGGAACUUCUAGCUAUAGAUGUGUUUGCAAUGUCUAUCAAGUUUAUGGUCGACGAUAUGAUGGUUGUUGUCUAUCAGCGCUUGACUGGGAUAAUAACAGAUACCGACAUUCACUGGGUGCUCACAGUGCUAGCGAUAUGGUCUGAUCCUGCAAAACAGUUUAUGAGGCAGGCUGCAAUAAAGGCUGGUAUAGUUACAGAAAGACUGACAAUAGCCCUUGAACCGGAAGCUGCCUCUUUAUACUGUCGUCAUCUACCUCUAGAUGCAACGGUUAGUGGCGAUAAUUUGUUGAUAGCCGAACUGCCACCUGGAUCAAAAUACAUGGUUCUCGAUGCUGGAGGGGGAACGAUUGAUAUCACAGUUCAUGAAGUUCAAAGUCAAUAUACCCUACAGGAAGUCAGAGCUGCAAAUGGUGGUGACUGGGGAGGAAUCAUGGUUGAUAAGGCAUUUGAAAAAUUUCUCUGUGAUCUAGUUGGUAAAACUGUGUUCCAAGCUUUCAAAGAGUCGGAAACAGAAGACUGGAUUUAUAUGAUCCGAGAGUUUGAAAACAAAAAACGAGAAACAGGAAUUGAUUCAGUGAGAAAAGUAGUUAUGCAUUUUCCUGCGUCACUCGCUGAAAUAUUUGUUAGCCAACAAAAGACACACGUGACAAUCAAGGAUGCAAUAGCAGCAUCCACAUACGCAGAAACAAUAGAAAUAAAGAGAGACAAGUUGAAAAUUUCACAUUCUGUUUUCGAAACAUUAUUUGAGGAGUCAUUACAUCACACUGUUGAUCAUGCUAAAGGGCUGCUAAAAGAUGAAAGAAUGGCUGAUGUUAGAACUAUCCUUAUGGUUGGAGGGUACUCGGAGUCACCAUUGUUGCAACGUGCAAUCAAAUUAGCCUUCCCAGAAAUGCAGGUAGUUAUACCACAUGGAACAUCAUCGGCAGUGCUGAGAGGUGCAUUGAUCUUCGGCCACAACCCCGCAUCAAUUACAGAGAGGAUACUUCGGUAUACAUAUGGUACAGAUAUAUCUGUGCCAUUUCUGGAGGGAAAGCAUCCAGAAAACAGACGCAGAAAGACUGAUAUUGGCGUCAGAUGUAGAGAUGUCUUUCAUAUACUUAUUGAAAAGGGUACGAAAGUAAAGAUAGGUGAAAUGCAAAUAAAUGAAACUUAUUACACCGGUUACCGUAACCAAAGAUCAAUGUUAUUUCGAAUAUACGUUUCCAGUGAGAAAGAUCCAUUAUAUAUAGAUGACAUAGGGUGUUCAAAACUUGGGGAAAUGAAAAUAGAAUUUGAGGAACUAGACGAAAAUCCUAGACGUGCAGUUAAUCUAUCUAUGGUACUUGGUGGCACAGAAGUCAUUAUGGCACUUGAAGAUGAAAAGACUGGGAAUAAAGUUAUAAGUUCAACAGUAUUUAAGAUCGAAUGAUGAUAUCUGAUAAUCUGACAGUUAAAAAGAAAAAGAGAGUAUGGUACUAAUUAAAUAGAACAUUUUAGGUAUAAUGUAGAUAUGUUAAAGACAAAGAAUGACCUACUUUCUUGAAGUGGUUAUGAUAAAAAAGCAAACAGACCAUUCACUUUUACAAUUACAUUUUUACCACAAACAAUUUAAUACUCUGCAUAACUGAGGCCUCAAUACAGCUGUUAACUAAAGUAUAAGCAGCUAAAAAUUGGAAAAUAAAUUACAUAAAGAUAAUUAUCUUUGCAAACAGAUGUUAAAUGUAUUAGUUUAAAAAGACACUGACCAGUUUUAAAUAUGCUAUCAUUUUGUUAUGCAAAUUCAACAUUAUGAUACUAUACAGUUUGAUACAAUGUACCUGUACAUUAAUUUUCUGAAACAUAGUUGAAAACGGUGCUAAACCCAACAUAAAUGAGAAAUAAAAAAGGAUUAUUAUUGUAAUCGACUAAAUAAAGUUUAUUUCUUAUCUCCGUAUUACCGUCCAGCUGCAUGGAAAGUUUUGUGAUGAUAUGUUGUCGCAAGAUCAAGAUUUUUCAAAAGGACAAACUGAUUUAAAAAAUAUGAAAAUACAUUGAAACAUGUGUUCUUAAGUUAACAUAAAGUCAUGACCUAUUUAGUGACUACUUUUCAAUAACUAUAAGGCUAUAGAAAAUGAAAUUUUAUCUCUAUAAAAUCAUACUGUGACGUAUGAUUCUUUCAAUAAAGUAAGCUACUGGUAAAUUAUAAUAAUGAUAUUAAUUGGGCUGGAGCCAGGUGUUAUUAUGCACCCAAUGAUAAAAUAAUUGUUUGUUAUCAAAUUACUUGUAGAGAGACUGUUUGAAUACUGGAAGUGAGUUUGGGUUUUCGCUCUUUGUCUUUGAAUACCAAUAUGCAUUUAUGAUUCACUGAUGUUCGAACACUUGCUAAAUAAACUUCGGUAAAUUCUUUUAGGGACCAUUUUUGUCAAGAGACCGUGUUUUUGUAUUUCGUAUCAAUGGUCUCUAUAGAAGUUGUUCAGAACUAGACAGCAAGCAUCCUAAAAUAUUUGAAUGUCUGUUAUACAUUACAUUGUUGUUAGAUAGUAUAACAAAAUAUUGUAUGAUGUAGAUACUUCGUAGUUUUUUGUCCUUACAAGGCAUCAACUAUAACAAUUCUAAUAGAUGUAUUAUUACAAAGAAAUGUGUCAUGCAUUAGGAAAGCAUAGUUAUCUCUAAGUGGAUCUCUAGUUCCGAAAUGAUGCAAAAUUUUAUUAAAGGAUAUGGAAGGAAUAAUGCUUGAUUUAAAAAAGGGGAGAUAUCUUAGGCUCAUAGUGUUUGUCAACGAGCGAAGCAGGUAAUAACUGUAUAUGAGACAUGUGCCCUUCUAUUCUAUUCUAUAUAUUCACUCACGGCCAGAUGUAAAACCGCAAUUAAAGGCAGAGGAGAGAAGGAGGAAUAAGUACUCUGAAACAAAUAUUUACCUUAAAAACUUUAUGAGUUGAGUCUCGUAUUACAAGAAACUAGAAACUAUGCAUUUCAACAUUUAUACAGUCAUUUUAAUAUUACAUACUGUAAAAUAUGUUAUCACAUAAGCGCAUUAGAUAAUAUGAUUUAAGUUCGUAAUAAAUUGAUCUAAAAAGUGUGUGCUGCUUAAACAUACGGCCGUACAUACGUGUAUUGCAUGGGUUGCGUGCUACAAGUAAAUGGUCAGAAUCAUAUCUAUGUAACGUGUAGUUCCUCUGAAAUAAUUGAAAGUUCUGAAUUUUCUCACCAUGAGCAUUUAUUGAAAUACACAGAA